AUGCUUGGCUGGGCCUUGCACAAGGCGACGGGCAACGCGCCGCAGAACGCGCCCAACCCAGGUCCAGAUGAUACAUUCGCCGAGCAACCGGACACUCCCGCCCCCGUAUUUGCAGCAAGGGCCUUCAAGCGCGCCCUCUUCGGCACGCCUGCCCCUCAGAGGGAAGUUCAGUCUAGGAAAGAGACCAGGGCUGCCGCAGCGAGGUCAGAGAAGGCCAGAUCCUCCAACGUCGACGACUACAAGAGAUAUGAAUCUCCUACGAGACCACCAGGUAUCCUUCUGACUCCAGGCACCGGAACCUCGCGUCGGAAGCGUGUCUCCUUCGGGCGCGAUGUCAAGUCUAACACCCUGGCCGCCAACACCGAGGCCGCCAAGUCGCGCCCGCGCACAAAGUUGCAGGAGGCCCUCGAGAAGUCGCGCAAAGAGAACAACAGGGCUUCGGGCGGUGAUAAGGCUAGGAAGCCCACCUUCGACCUCGAGGAAGCCGAGGGCGACGGUGCUUGGGAGGAGGUUGACGAGCUCGACCGCGAGCCGGACAUUACUGUGGACCUGAACGAGCCAAGGUCGCAGUCGGGGCAGUACUGGAAGAGCGAGUUCCAGAAAUACCACGACGAGGCACGCGCCGAGAUGGAGAAGCUUGUUAAGUACAAGCAGCUUGCCAAAUCAUACGCCAAAGCCAAAGACGCCGAGGCCCUGGACCUGAACGAACGGCUCAGAGAGGAGCAGUCCAAGGUCGUGCAGAUGGAGCAGAAGAUCACGGAGCUUGCGGGCCAGGUCACGGCGAAGCAGGGCCAGGGCAAAGACACCCGAGACGACAGGAAGCUCAUGAAGGACCUCACGCGCCAGACGGCCCUCGCCGUGCAGUACAGAGAACAAGUCGAGGAGCUGGAAACGCUGCUGCGGGAAUCGGGUUAUGACACUGACGGAAACCGUCGGCGACGUGGGGGUACAUCUCCCAGGACUGCGCAGACGCUCCUCGAGACCCAACGGGAGCUUAGGAAGGCGCGUGAGCAGGUCAAGGAGCUGAACGACCUCCGCUAUGAGCUCAAACGCGUCAAGACGGAGUUGAGCACGGCCGAGCAGCGGGCCUUGAAGCUCGAGGGCGAAAAGAAGAAGGCGGUUGCAGACCUGGCCAAGAGCGAGCUCAAGGUAGCAGAUCUGGAGCGGAAGCUGGCCAAGGCUGAGCAAGACCGACAGAGGAAGGACGUCCAGUGUGAAAAGCUGAAGGCCGACUGCGAUGCUCUCCGGGAGCAAAACAGGACGCAAAGGGCGCCAAGAAGUGGGAGCACGCAGCAGCUGAAGCAAGACCUUGAUUUGCUGUCUGCCGGCCGCAAUGCCCUGGAUUCCUGGGAGUACAAGUUUACCGAUGCCCCGCCUACGGCCAGAGACCGACAAAGCACCCGUCGUCGCGGGGUGGAGGAUGCGAGUGCCGCAGUCGACAAUCCCAGGCUGGACCAGAAGAGGUUCUCGGAUCACACGUCGCUUGGACAACGCUUCCAGGGCUUAAAAAACAAGGGCGGCGAUGGGACGGAAGAUAUCGGCCAUGAUCUGUUACAGAUCAGGCCUCGCUUGGGCGAGAUCCAGACCGAAGCACCUCUGGCUCGCUCGGCUUCCCGCUCGGCCAAGAGGAAAGCGUCUGGACUGGCUGCACUGGACCAUCUUGCUUUCCCCGACGAAGACUUCACACUAGACACACCCAGUCGGAAGAUCAGCCGGACACCGUCGCGCGAGUUCAGGGUGUCGAAAUCACCACACGCAAAGAGCAACAGGCUCUCUGCGCCCCAGCCCACACUCAGUGAACCGAAGAGUCCGGCUCUCGGUCUCGCCAGGGACAGGGCGCGGACCUGGAAGCUCGAUCAAGCGCCGGAUAACCCGACGACGGAGGCCGUAUCCUCUAGGCCAUCGUCUCUUCCUGCUGAUCGAAGAGCCGCUGCUAUUGCCAGAUUAGAGCAGAAGAGAGCGGAGCGAAGGCGAGGCCACGAGAGCGCUGCGCUGCCUGGCAAGGAAAAUCUGAGGCCCAUGGACUCCAAGCCACCGGAUAUGGACGGCGACGAGUCGGACGACUCAAUCGAGACCGAGAUCCAGGACCUGCAGCAGAGAUUAGAGAAGGCCAAAGCCCGCCUGAGAAACCGCAAAGCAACACCGCUCAACGGCACGGGCCGUGAGACUCACAAUGGCGGUGGCGCUCACCACCACGCCGCGCUCACACUCAACAAAUCCUCGCCCCCCCACAAGACAACGCACUUCCUCCUCCUGCUCGCAGACUCGGCCCUGCCGCUAGGCUCCUUCGCCUUCAGCAGCGGCCUCGAGUCCUUCCUCGCCCACAACCGCAGCAGCAGGCCAGGGCCCGGGGCCAACCCGCAGUUCGACCUCUUCCUGCCCGUGUCGGUCUCCUCGUACGCAUCAACCACCCUCCCCUUCGUCCUGGCGGCGCACCGCGACCCGCGGCGCCUGCCGGGCCUCGACGACCACCUCGACGCGGCCGUCAUGUGCACGGUCGGCAGGCGCGCGUCCGUGGCGCAGGGCCGCGCGCUGCUGGGCAUCUGGGAGCGGUCGUUCUCGGCGUCGGCGGCGCUCGCGGGGGGAAGCGGGGACCACCACCACGCCGCCGCCGCGGCGCUGGGGGAGUACGCGCGGGCGCUGCGGGCGCCGGCGGGCAGGGGGUUCGACGACGACGGGACGGGCAUCCCGCCCGUCGCGGCGCACCUCGCGCCGCUGUUCGGCGUCGUCUGCCGCGCCGCCGGGCUGGGGCUGCACCAGGCCGCGUACGUCUUCGUGCUCGGCCACGUCAAGGCGCUCGUCUCGGCGGCCGUGCGGGCGAACCUGCUCGGGCCCUACCAGGCGCAGCGGCUGCUCGCCGGCAGCGGGGUGAUGGGCAUGAUCGCCGCGGCUGUCGAGCGGGAGUGGGACACGCCCGUGGAGGAGGCGGGCCAGAGCGUGCCGGUGAUGGACCUCUGGGUCGGGAGGCAUGAGGUCUUGUAUAGUAGGAUAUUCAACAGCUGA